CAUCCAAUACUUAUUUAUUUAAAAUACAAGUACAUUAUACAGUCUUCUGCAAUGAACAGUGGAUUAUACAGGCAAAAACUUAUACGAAACUCAUGGGACAACAGGAAUAGAGCGACGAAGGCAAGCUGCAGGACCGAAAGAGCCAGAGGUUCAGAAACGCUAAGCAGUAGGUUCCCAGUAGUAGAAGUAGUCCAUCAGCAUUUGAGUGUCUGCGGGAGUCGUGUCCAUGAGAGCCGGCAACGUUCGCAUUUUCUUCGUUGACAUUUCCUGACUCGGAACCUGAAAGAGAGUUAGCAUCGGCAAUGGCACAUAUAUUAUGAUAUGCAUGCAUGCAGGUCCACAGUGCGAUCUCUCUUCCUUUUAGUUGUCCUCGCGGGAUCCUGCAACUUGGGUAGCCCUUUUACAGCGCUGACCCAGGUCUGUCCAGCUUUUGGUAAUAGCGAUAGAAAUUCGUCCAAUUGGGCUUGCUUCUUCUCCAGAUUCUUGGCAGUAACUUUCACCUUGAAUAUACUGGUCAGUAUUCUGAACAUAUUAACAGCAAUUCGCGUACAGGAUGCAGAUCCCUGGCUUCUGCAUCGGCGAGUUUCUUGAUUUCAUCCAAGGACAUGGUCAAGGAUGGGUCGGCAGGCAUGAAGGUCACGGAGGUGAUGGAAGAGAAGAGAAAUGGUGGUGUCGAUGUUAACGUUAAAGUUGCGUCAAAAGGCC